AUGCAAUUUGAUCCUCCCCGACGCGCAGCCGAGAGCGCAAACCUCGCACCCUGGUUCGGCCCCAACCUCCAGCGCAACGUGUACAUGUCGCUCCUCCACGCAGAGCCCGCGGAGGGCAGCCAAGGCCCCGCCGUCCCCGAGAGCGUGCUCAAGGCCGCGCUCGUCCGCCGCGCCGUCGAGGACAUCCAGCGCCUCAUCCAGAUCAAGACGGCCAAGCAGGCGUGCAGCUCCCUGCUGCAGCGCGGCAGCGUCGGCGAUGACCUGUGGCAGCGCUUCCAGCGCGCCGAGCGCGAGAUGGAGGAUGAGCUGCGCGAUGUCGUCACCGAGGCCAACGCGCUCGCGCCCAACUGGGGCCACGCCAUCUUCCAGUCCGCGCACGAGAUCGCCUCCAACACCAAGCUCCGCGAGAGCCUCGCCGAGAUCGAGACCCAGGCCGCCUCCGAGAAGGCCUGGUGGGAGAAGCGCCGCGGCCAGAUCCAGUCCGCCUUCAUCCGCGAGCUCGACCAGGAAUCCACCAUCGCUGCCGACGCCAAGCAGCAGCCCAAGGCGGCCGCCGCCAAGGCUGGCAGCAGCACUGUCGCGAGCGAAGAUGAGGCCGUGCUGGUGGAUGCGCCGGCGGCUAAGAGCGGCGGGAACUAG